GGAUAUGGCGUCACUGAAAAAGUGUAGGAGUCGAGAAACUUCACCCAUGUAAAUAACGUCAGUAAGCAAACCGAGAAGCUUUUGGAAGCGCUACAUGGUUUAUAGCUUGUAAUUAUUAAUACCAACGAUCUUAUUUUUGUAAAAUGCCACGGAAAAAGCCAUUUAGUAACAAACAGAAGAAGAAACAGCUGCAGGUGAAACGGGAGAGAAAGAGAGGUGACACAGGGUCUGGGCCCAGCAGCCGCAAUGCCAGUGUGGAACGGGGAGGAGAACGUCAGUCCGAUACCUCCGACAGUGAGACCACUGACAUUAGAAGAAUAAAUCAGCAGCCCUUCAGCAGAGAAGGUAGAUAUGACCCCAACAGGUUCCGACUUCACUUUGAGAAAGAAAGUAAAGAAGAUGUGGAGAAGAGAAAGAAGCUUGCCAGGGAGAAGGUGCUGCAACAAGUCUCAGACAAGGAGCUCGAGGUUGACAUCAAUGACAUCUAUCCCUCGGAGAAAGGUCUUGGUUUCCCACGGCGACCGUCCUGGAAUUAUGAGAUGACACGAGAGAGCUUGCUGAGGAAAGAGGAGAAGUCGUACAGAGAGUACCUGGAUGACUUGCACUCCAGAAACCCGCCUGGCUCUCUCAGCCACUUCGAGCACAAUCUGGAGACAUGGAGGCAGCUGUGGAGAGUUUUGGAAAUGUCAGACAUCGUCCUGCUCAUCGUUGACAUCAGGCACCCGGUGCUGCAGUUCCCUCCGGCUCUGUAUCACUACAUCACCGGGCAGCUGGGGAAGCAGGUGAUUCUGGUGCUGAACAAAGCCGACCUGUGUCCCCCUCCGCUGGUGAUCGCCUGGAAACACUACAUGGCCUCUCAGUUCCCACACCUGCAGCUGGUGUGCUUCACCUCCCACCCCGGACAGCCCUACAGCACAGUGCUUCAGAAGAAGAGGAUGAGGAGGAAGGCAGACUGGGGUCACGCUGGAGGUCCCACAGAUAUCCUGAAGGCCUGUCAGGAAAUCACAGCGGGGAGAGUUGACCUGUCGAGCUGGGAGCAGAAGAUUCAGAGAGAUGCUGUUGCUGAGCGAGCAGACAGACCAGACGAAGGAGCAGAAUCGAUUUUGGUGGAGCAUCAGAGCGACAGCGCUAUGGAGAUGACUAAUCCGUCACAGGAGCUCUAUAAAGAUGGCGUUCUCACACUAGGCUGCAUAGGUUUUCCCAACGUCGGGAAGUCGUCGGUCAUCAACAGCCUGGUUGGGAGGAAGGUGGUGAGCGUGUCUCGAACCCCCGGCCACACAAAGUACUUUCAGACAUACUACCUCACCCCGACGGUCAAACUGUGUGACUGCCCCGGCUUGGUCUUCCCGUCACGUGUCAAUAAACAGCUGCAGAUUCUGGCGGGCAUCUAUCCAGUGUCUCAGCUGCAGGAACCCUACAGCUCAGUCGGUUAUCUCUGCGAGAGAACGCCGUUCCUUUCUGUUCUGAAGCUCAAACACCCCAGUCUGCAAGAGAACGACUCUCAGCAAGGAAGCCAGGGCAGCGGCGAGCCCGGCUGGACCGCCUGGGACGUGUGUGAGGCCUGGGCAGAGAGAAGAGGUUAUAAGACAGCAAAAGCGGCUCGCAACGACGUCUACCGUGCGGCCAACAGUCUCCUCAGGUUGGCGAUCGACGGCAGGUUGUGCCUCUGCCUCAGGCCCACUGGCUACAGCUGCCUUAGAGAACACUGGGAGAACCACCCAGACCUGCCGGAGAUCAUGGCUCUUCAGGGACGGCUGACGGAGGAGGAGGGCGCAGGAGAGAGGGACGACGAGGACGACGGAGAGUCCAGCACCGAGCCGGAGGAAGAGAGGGACCGGGACGCAGACGACGACGAGGACGGAGACGACGAAGACGAAGGGUUUGGACACCCGAGACGGGAGGAAGAGAAGCCGCCCGGCUUCACUGUCAACAUGUAUAACGUCCUCCGGGAAAACGAGUGCGAGUGACGGCGCAGGGAGAGAUGAAACGAUCUUCUUCCCUGUCUGUGCAUUUUUCCAUUCCUUGUUUUUUCCCCAGACCUGCAUUCCUCCUCACUUUUCUUGCAUCUCCGCUCAUUUCGUCAUUACCUGCUCUGAACACGAUCUACUCUGAUUCAUCCAGCUUUAUUAUACAGAGCAUCCUCAUGUAUUCAUGCUGUGCCUCUGCUCUGCUUGUUCAUCCAUGAAGCUUUUGUCCUUAAGUGUUGCUUCCAGGAAUGGGUUUGCUUUGGGUUUGGUUUGGUUUCCUCUUGUUUAUUUUAUUUGCAUGUAGUUUCUCAAGACAAACGAACAAAGUAACUUCCCGAACGUUGGAGUUGUUGAUGUGCUGGUUUCCAAUCAUUUCAUCAAUAAAUGACCUCAUAGCUGAGAUGCCAAAGUUCAGGAAAGGAUGGGUUGAAACGAAACGGAUCACAUGCCGUUCCCUGGAGCAGCCGUGCGGCUCUCAGAGCAGCAGGAGACUGAAGAACUUGUCUCUAAAUCUUGUUUAUAGAGCAGAACUUGUCUCCAGUUUGGUUCGGGGCUGCCGGGAGGGAUCUGGGAGAUUCAGACUAUAAAACUCGAGCCGAUAAAACCAACAUUUCACAACGCAGUUUUCCAGUUUCCAGUAUUACGACUCCACUCAAGGAUGAUGUAUCUCAACUUGGUUUUGAUUUAGAUUGUACUGUAUCUGAGAGUGAUAUAUUUUUGGUGACUGUUUCAUUAUUUAGGGGGGAAGGUGGGCAGGGAGACGGGGCCGACUCCUGUAUUUACUGAACCAGGCUGUUUCAGGACGUUAACCUGUAGUGUUUUAACUACGACGACAAUUUUCCCUCUGAUGCUGAUGGAGAUUUUAAGCAUUUCGUGCAGGAUUUGGCCCUAUUUACCAAGCAUGUAAAAGGCAGUGCUGUUGGACUGCCUAACAAUCAGUUAAAGGGAUAUUGAACAUAUUUGAGUUCUGGCUGGAAGUUUAAAGAAAUGAACAAAUGGUGCUGUUGUGUUUGUACUGUGAAUAUGAAGCUUUCACCAACAGUUUGUUAGCAUAAAACUUGCCGUUAGAGCUGUGAUGCCUCUGCUCUCCUCUAACAAUAAACAGCUGAUUACCAGAAAAUCUUAUUAAUUUUUUAUUAUUAUCUUUUUUCUUGCCAUUUCAAGAUAGUAAACCCCAUAGUUGUACCCUGUUGGUCAGGACUGAGAUAUUCAGGAGAAAAUCUAAAACUUUUACAACUACUGGUCCGUAUUGUUCCUUGUUUUGUGACGAUUUAAAUUUUAAACAGCUAUUUGAGGGAGUUUUCAGCUGUCAGCGAAACCACAACAUGUUCCUGCUAAUAUGUGGUGUUCAGCUUGAACAGACAGGAUUAAACAGUGGUGGCUGGUUCGUCUUUUAUGUUGCGUAUUUGCUCUUUGCUGAGCUAUCAGGCUGUUGGCUGCAGCUUUCUGCGUACAGUAUGAACACACACAGCACAAAGCAAAUAAGGCAUUUCUCUAAAAUGUUGAACUUUUCCGUUGAUGAUUGCAAAAGAGAAACUGCUCGCCGCAGUUUGCGCGUCCAUCAUUAUAAAUACCAUCACACAUCCCGUCUUUCCUCUGAGACGAUGAGCGGACACACCCGCCGUCUCCCUCCGAUCCUGCGUGCUGAACCAUCGUGCGCCGCCGUACCUCACGUGCGACUCUCCAGCGCGGUGCUGUGUCACUGUGUAAUGCGUCAUUUUCUCGCAUCGGUACAACGGGGGCAGACACUAAAAACACUACCAAGCUGUUGGAAACACAACCAAGUUCCAGUUGUGUUAAUGUGAAUUUUGUUUCCCCCUCUCCCUCUGGGAAUAUUUAAACUGACAGCAUCUGGAGAGUGAGAGCUCGGGGUGUGUUCAGGGUAAUUGCUGCAUUCCUCAUUUCAUUCCUAGUAUGAUGACUGGACUGCUUUCUGCAAUAAAAAGUGAUAAUCCUCUGAA